AUGCCUAUCCUUAACAAAGUUUCGUCCAAUACGCCAAAAGGUUUAUUUUUUGAGCGAGUAGAAAGAAAUCUUCACAACAAAUGUGUCAAACGAUAUACAACAUUUACUAAUACUCAAUUUACCGGAUUCGAGACUUUUAAAAAAGUUUUUCAUGUAAUUACAAGACGUUCUAGCUUAGACGUUCCUUUAAAACCAUAUAAAAAUUAUAAUAUUGCAAUCAUUAUUGAGGGAAUUAUAAACGAGUUUAAAUCGCAACAAAAUAGUAUUAUUAUGUUUUAUAACGGUACCGAUAAUGAAAACUUUGGACCAAAUAUGACCCAUUUUCAAAAUGAAGAAUCGUACAGUGUAACAAAAAAAACUGAUAUAUAUAUGUUAGGUGUACUUAUGUGGGAAAUAUCUAAAAACCGUCCCCCUUUUAAGCCUCCCAAAGAAAUAUGCCAACUUUCGGAGUUAACUAUAGACAUGCUAAAUGAUGCCAGGGUAGAGUUUAUAGAAAAAGCUCAAAUGGCUUAUAUUGCUUUAUAUAUUG